AUGCAUGUGCGGGAUCGUAUCUACGGGGGUUGGAUGGAUCAGAUUUCUGUGACGGUGCCGAAGGAGGAUCAACGCGGAUCAUAUCGUGAUCCCGGUGUCCAUCUCGAAUCGUUUACCGAUGCCCAACAGAUUGAUGCAAUGUACAUGAGAGUGAACCUUAUCGUCAUCCAGCUUAACGGAUUCAGUGCGCUUGCUAGGCUGGGUGGCUCUCCGGAGGCUCGGGUGACAACAGACAACCACCAUCAGCCAUCGUUCGUAGACAAGAUAUCAGUGCCUUCGUCCGACGAGACCGAUGUGGCUUCGCAUCGAGGGGAUGACAUUCUCAUUAUGAUCAUUAAUACCCACUGCAACUCUUCAGAACUACGUGUAGCAAGUUCUUGUAGUCGACAAUCUACUGUGGUGUCAAGCCCGCUUGACAAACCGCAGCAACAGCAGCAACAACAAACAUCAAGUUUAAUUGUGAAUAUUUCAGGUCGUAUCUUGCUUGACAUACCAUGCAAGGUGUGCUUUGAUCAUUCCUCUGGUAAACAUUACGGAAUUUACGCCUGCGAUGGAUGUGCAGGCUUCUUCAAACGUUCAAUCCGACGCAACCGCCACUAUAUCUGCAAAGGCCGAGGAACGCAAGCGGACCAGUGUCCUGUAGACAAAACCCAUCGAAAUCAAUGCCGAGCGUGCAGGCUUCGUAAAUGUCUUGCUGCUGGCAUGAACAGAGAAGCAGUACAGCAUGAAAGGGGUCCACGAAAUUCAACCUUGCGUCGCCAAGCGGCGAUGUACUUGAAGGAAGUUAUGGGCGGGGAUUACCUCCCAGCAGGGCCAGAAGGUUCUGUAGGAGCUUUAGGACCCCUUCCACUACCUAUGCCUCUACCCCUUGCUGAAGCGGCCCCUGGAGUUGGAUCCCCGGACGGCCAAAGGAAUAAGUCAGCGUUUGGCCAUCCAGCGUCCCUUCAUUUCCCGUUAAUCAUGCAACUCGCUAGGCUGCCGGUGUCCCCAAUUCCGCUAGGGGUGUUGCCUCCUUCGCCUUUGCCCUCUCCACUACCUCGCCACACUCAGACAACGCCUACAUCACAAUCUAACCUUCAAACAACCCCAUCACCUGUCAACCCCAGCGCAGGAGGACACGGCCUUUGCGAAUUAGCAGCACAGGUUCUCUUCGUUAUCGUCCACUACCUCAAGACGGUGACACAGCUUAGCUCGCUGCCAUUAUCGGAUCAGCUUUUUCUACUUGAAUCAUCUUGGAGCGAAUUGUUCCUCAUCACCGCCACUCAGAUGGGCCUUUUACUAGAUGGUGCUACCUCGCUGAUAUCUGAUGCUGCAGACGAACGGUGGAGUACUGAUGACGUUCGUGAGAUGACGUUAAUUCAACGUGAUCUUCAAUCGCUUUGUUUGGAUGGCACUGAGUUUGCUCUGCUCAAGGCAGCCGUACUUUUCAAUCCGCCGACGAAUGCACCGACAGGACCAUCGUCAUCUCCGCCUCCAGCUUUAAACUCCUCCCCAUUACUGUCUUCCUCACUGUCAUCACCUACGCGCCGCCUCCACGAAGUAACUGCUGUACAGCGCCACCUAGAUGAUGUUAGACGAACCCUUGUCGGCUACACGGCCGGAGCGUAUCCUUCACAGCGCGACCGAGCGGAACGAGCUCUCGAGGCAAUCGUUCCACUGAGAAGAGUCGCUAAGGAAAUGAUCCAGGAUCUGUUCUUCAAGAAAACUAUCGGAGACGCAGCUAUUGAACGUUUACUCUGCGAUAUGUACAAGAACAACUUCUACUUUUCCGGCAUAGAGAGACCCACAUAGCUUGCUCUGUAAAUUGCUAUAAAUCCUUCAAUAAAUUGAUCAUUUAUCGGCAAUUUCAUAUAUACGAUGACUUGCCACUGACAUAUUUUCUAUACAGACACUUGAACGAAUUUCGGUUUCGGCGUGAAGCGUCGCAGUUACGAUACUGAUACUCCCUGCCAUUACAACAAAAGAUGCAAAUUAGGUUAGCUCUUAAAACUCAAGUCAGAUACCUUUUUAUUAGUUGCAGCAGGAUUGGGAAUGGGGUAAAGAACCCAGCUAAAAGCCCACACAGGUUCCCAAUUGUUUCGUAUAAUAGGGCAGAGAAUAACACAAUACCUAGCGAAGUUUCAUUUGAUUGCCAAUGAUAGAAACGAAAUAUAUAUUUCUACUCCAAACGAUUAGGCAAACGACAUUUGCGAUUCCAAAUGUGUUGCUUAUUAUUAUUUGGCCAACGACGAUAACACUAACAACCAUUUAGUUGUAAAAAGUGUGCCAAAGGUGCGUCUUGCCAUUUGCAGGACGCACCAGAAUGCACUAUAUCAUGCAUCGAACCGUAUGGCUGGAGCACACAGAUGCAUGUGGUCAAUGGGGUAUUGUGUCAGCGCUGCCCUGUCAAGGCCUUGUCAGAAAUACACACACAUCAAUAGAAUGGCCCGAUCCUAAGCUUACGUGAAGCUCAAGACGACGUUUAAUGCAAUGGACGCAUAUAACUCAGAGCAAAGCAAAGUGACACACUCUAGUUGCGAACAAUAUUUAUAUAAUUAGAUAUAAAAAUAAUAAUUAUUCUUUGACGCAUUUUCGAAUACGGUUAUUUGUUCUUUGAUAUUGUCAAGGUUGACUGACUCACUCUUUGUAGUUAACUUGAAAUCAUUUUUUGCAAACUGCACCAGAUAGUAAAAACAAGGUACGAGCAGCAUACUUUUAGAUAUGCUGUCUAUUGCUCCGUAGUACGCAAUAUGUUUUCCGCUAUACUUGCGCGUAAAAGAUCGAUCAGAGAUACGAUUAUGUGCGAUUUUAGGUUAGCACGAGAAAAAACACUAUCAGAUUUUACCUUAUUGACAAGCAAGUUUUUUUGUCGUCUGUCAAGUGUCCUGUUUUUACGGCUGCAAUAAAUUCCACGUACCAUUAUGGCCGCAGAGUGAAAUCAAUUAUAUGGCGAGUUAACUAUGGGGUUACUCAUGUAUCAUUAAUGCCGAUAUUCAUUUUUUUUUCUGCUCGGGUUUGUUUUAUUGACUUUUCUCGUUUCCAUAGAGAUGCAUUGCAGACAGAUGUCGUAUCGAGCCGAGUAUGAUUUUAUGCCAACUAGUCGUAUACAAUUUGUAAGAGAUCGAAAAGUCUUCAUGUGAGAUAGAUGUGUUUGUCAAUGUGCAAAAUUCAUUCUAUACGUGUAUUGUAGGAACAAUUGAAGUUCAUGGCACAAGAGACGAUGUAAAUCAGAGGUGGAACAGGAGUUGAAAGGGAACUCUUUGAAGGGGAACACCAAAGCAUUAUUAUCAUUGGAUUGCCUUGCAUUGAAAUUAUUACUGGAAAUAAUCGUGUAACAAUUAAUGUAUAUACAUAAACGCAUGUGUAAUGAUAAUUCAACAACUUUGUACAUAUAAAUACUAGCAAUUAUGAGAACAACGAUAUUUAUGUUCAGCUAUCAGAUAAAGCGAGAAUAGGCUAAAAAUGAUUUAC